AUGGUGGGAAAUGUGGGACACAGUGAUCAUCCUGCUGUUUCUGCUCUGAACUGCCCGCCAUUUCUUGCUGUAGAGCUAUGUCGAGAGCAAAUGGGACUCCAUCCUUGUGAUAAGAGAAGAACCGUCAGCGAGUACCGACACAUGUUUCCAGGAAUUGAUUUUUCAUUGAUUGAAACCGACGAGGACACUUGGUGGAAACCUGAAAGAGAGAAGAAAGAAGAAGUUAUUGGUAGGGGACUGAAGUUUUUGGAAUGGUUAUGUACACGUAAAGAGAAGGAGAUAGCUAUUGUUACCCACAGCAGUUUUCUGUUUAAUACCCUUAGUGCUUUUGGAAAUGACUGUCACCCAAAUAUUAAGACUGAAAUGUGCAAACACUUUGCUAAUUGUGAACUACGCUCCAUGGUUAUUGUUGAUAAAGGUAUGAUUGGAUCUAAUAAUUCAACCACCAACUAUCCUGGCAAAAUUCCUCAUGGUCUGGAUCUUCCUAGUGAUGCUACUGACUAG